AUGGCGGCCUCCCAAACGGUGAAAGAAGCGGUUAAGAGUAGCCUCCUAGGCGCAGAGGAGCCGGCCGAUCUGUCCGCUUCGUAUCGUGCUACGUUCUUGAACAAUGCAAAGAAGGAUGAACAGACUGGCGAGCCCGUAAUGGGUCCUGAGGAAUUCAUUGAAGCCAUUGCGCCUGCAGACGAAGACUACUCCAAGAUCCACCGUGAUCAGUAUGGCAUCCUCUUCCGCGUCGCUGACCGGUCUGGAAGUGGGCGAGUUAGCAUGGGAGAUUGGGCUGCCUUCUUGAAUCUACUCAAUAAGUCCGAUGCCGAGUACGAGAUCGCAUUCCGUCUGUUUGACGUUGACCGCACCGGCACGGUCCAGUAUGAAGAUUUCCGAAAACUGUACGAGCUCAAUAAGGGCGAGGGCAGCAUCCCAUUCGACUGGGACUGUGAGUGGGCUAAGCUGUAUAUCGGCGACAAGACGAAGCGGCACAACCUCACAUACCCAGAAUUCUCACAAAUGUUGCGCGGUCUUCAGGGGGAGCGCAUUCGACAGGCAUUCCAACGCUUUGACAAAAAUAAGGAUGGAUACAUCGAGCCUGAACAAUUCGCCAAGAUUAUUGUCGAAACCGCUAAACACAAGCUGUCGGACCACUUACUGCAGAAUCUGUCAACUCUGUGCAACAUCUCAACGAGUAGCAAAAUCUCAUAUGCCAACGUUCGCGCUUUCCAGAACAUGAUUAAGGAGAUGGAUCUGGUCGAACUUAUUAUCCGCAAAGCAAUCAGCCAGAGCUCCGACGGGAAGAUCACGCGCAAUGAGUUUCUCAACGAGGCUGCCAAAAUCACUCGGUUCUCGCUUUUUACCCCAAUGGAAGCCGAUAUUCUAUUCCAUUUUGCCAGCUUGGAUGAACCCUCUGGUAGACUUGGUCUUCAAGACUUUGCAAAAGUUCUUGAUCCUCAAUGGGUUAACCGUGGCGUUUCGGAAGACUCACAGAACCGGGCCAAGGCUCUUCUACAGCAGAGCAAAUCGACUACACAAUCGGCUCUUUUGCAGGUUGCUGAGUCUGCAUACAGUUUCCUACUCGGUAGCGUCGCUGGUGCUUUUGGUGCCUUUAUGGUGUACCCUAUUGACUUGGUCAAGACGCGCAUGCAAAAUCAGCGUGGAGCUGACCCGGGACAACGACUGUACAAAAACUCGAUCGAUUGCUUUAGGAAAGUCAUAACUAAUGAAGGUGUCCGCGGUUUAUAUUCAGGCGUUCUGCCCCAGCUCGUUGGUGUAGCUCCGGAGAAAGCCAUCAAACUUACUGUCAAUGAUAUAGUACGAGGCGCCUUAACCGAUAAAAAGACUGGACAAAUCCCCAUUUCAUACGAACUUCUAGCUGGUGGUACCGCUGGAGCUUGUCAAGUUGUCUUCACCAAUCCUUUGGAGAUUGUAAAAAUCCGACUCCAAGUUCAAGGUGAGAUGGUCAAGGCUACCGAGGGCGCACAAAAGCGAUCGGCUAUGUGGAUUGUUCGCAACUUGGGUCUCAAGGGUCUCUAUAAGGGCGCAUCGGCUUGUCUUCUUCGCGAUGUGCCUUUUUCUGCCAUCUACUUCCCCACAUACAGCCAUUUAAAGAAAGACUUCUUUGGAGAGUCGCCAACUAAGAAGCUUGGAGUUGUUCAAUUGCUCACAGCUGGUGCUAUUGCCGGUAUGCCUGCAGCCUAUCUGACGACACCAUGCGACGUCAUCAAGACGCGUCUACAGGUUGAGGCACGUAAGGGUGAUACCAAUUACACUGGUCUACGCCAUGCAGCCCAGACCAUUUUGAAAGAAGAAGGAUUCAAAGCCUUUUUCAAAGGUGGCCCUGCACGUAUCCUGCGAUCGUCACCUCAGUUCGGUUUCACGCUAGCAGCUUACGAGGUUCUCCAAAGUGUGCUGCCAUUCCCUGGAAAGCCCAAGGAGCAACAAGUCCAUACUGGUGUUGCCGAGGUAGUGUCAACUAUGCGGGAAAAGGACCUCGCUUCGCCACAUGCCCGUAGCCGCAACGCUCUGAAGAUCAUCCUUGACAUCGACGAGAACUUCGGCCGCGUACAGGCCGGAAACGAGAAAGCUUGGAAGGCAGUACCGCGACUCAUGGGCGGCAACUAA